AUGCACGUUACAUCCCCGGGGUACCCCCUUGCCGCAAAUGCAGCAUAUACUCCGUCACUACACAACCUGCAACACGCGCUAGAGUUCGAAAACACCAUUGGCAUCUCCAAAAUCGUCUUGGUGCAGCCUUCUAUCUACGGCAACGAUAAUUCUUGUCUUCUCGAUGCUCUCAAGAAUAUAGGGCCCAGCAAUGGCCGAGGCGUUGUAGGCAUUGAUCCUGAUACGAUCGAAAUGGGCACGCUCCAAGAAUGGCAUCAGUUAGGCGUUCGAGGAGUGCGACUAAACCUCAAAUCGACAAAUGUUCAAUUUACGGAAGAAGUCCUUCGAGGUCAACUAAGACGCUACGCAGAUAUCAUAAGGCCUCUUGGCUGGGUUCUAGAAUUGUUCAUUGGCAUGGAAGCCAUCCCGAUCCUGGAACGCACUGCUGAGCACCUCGGAGUACGCUUGGUCGUUGCGCAUUGCGGUGCUCCGAUACUGCCCACGGUGAAUAAGAGAACAUAUCCUUUCGAUCCUUACGAGUUAGAUGGGUUUCAAGCUCUUGUCACCUUGUUGCAACGCGGCAAUACUUGGAUCAAGUUCUCGGCGGCAUACCGAUUUGACCCGGACCCGGAAAUGCGCGGUAUUGAAGUACUAGCACAGGAGCUGUUAAAGAAGGCUGGGAACAGGGUCGUAUUCGCAUCAGACUGGCCACAUACACGAUUUGAUGGGCUCGAUGUCCGACCAUUCGUCGAGCGAUGCAUGCAGUGGACCGACGCAGCAGGUCUGACAGAAGAAGUGUUUUCUCUAAAUGCACAGGAGCUCUGGCACUGA